UGUUGUUUGUUGAGGCGGGGGUGUAAUUCAAGGGGAGGAAAGUCGAGUAAGGGAGUGGGAGCUUCAACGUAAACCGCUCUGAGAGAUGAAGCCAGCCGUCUUUCUUGGUCGUCCUCUUUUUAAUAACAAAACAGCAGUCUGAAGUUCGUUUUCUGCACCAGAGCUUGGCGCAUCAUCGCCUCCAGCGUGAGGAAAAGCUUAAUUUAAAGCACCGAGAGUGAAUGCACGGUUUUCCGGCAGGUUGGUUUGUGUCCGAGUGCGCCAGAAACGAGGGUUAACCCCAGGAAGGAGGGAUGGUGGACAAUUCCGGUAGCAGCAAGGCGCAAAUGCCCAGCCUGUCCCAGGAGGGCAGUCUCGGGGGCUCUUUUUCCCAGGGGGGCUCGGCGGGGGUGAAGCUGGAGGCUGUGAUGGAGCAGCUCCAGAGGCAGCAGCAGGCCAGGCUGGAGAUGGAGAGGAAGGAGAGGCACAUGCGCGAGGCCCACAUCAUGUACGCCCAGCAGGUCGCCGCCCAGCAGGCCAUCCUGGCGGCGGCCCGGGCCUCUGGGUCCGCACUGGGCUCCGCCGUCCUGGGCAAGGGCCUCGGCCGGAUGGUCCCCGGGGCCGGACACCAGCUGAGGGUCUCCAACCAGAGCAGUGUGGAGUCGGAGCGGGAGGAAGAGGAAGACCGCGGCCGGGGCUCAGAGGAGGAGGAUGAAGACGAGGAGAUGAUGGAGGAUGAUGACGGCAGUGAGGAAGAUGAGGAGCGGGCGGGCGCCGGGCUGGAGUACCUUCGGAAGCAGACCCUCGCUCUCCAGCAGGGAGGGGUCCCCCACAUGCCCUCCGGCCCAUAUCCGCCCUACUCCUCUUCCUCUCCCUCGGCCCCUGGCGUGCCGCGGGGCCCCUCGCCGCCCGUCAGGGUGAAGCAGGAGCCGGAGGACGAGGGCAGGUCCCCGCCGGGCCCUCACAUGUCCGCCUCUCCCAACGGGCAAGCUGACUGGGCCUACGAUGAGCAGUUCAAACAGAACGGCAGUGGCUCCUGGACUGAGGACCCCGACGGAGGCAGGGCGAGGGGAGAGGCGUCCAGAGAUUUCGCCAAGCUGUAUGAACUAGACAAUGACCCCAACCGGAAAGAGUUCCUCGAUGACCUAUUUACGUACAUGCAGAAAAGAGGAACCCCCGUGAACAGGAUCCCCAUCAUGGCCAAGCAGGUUCUGGACCUGUACAUGCUGUACAAGCUGGUGACGGAGAAGGGAGGCCUGGUGGAGGUCAUCAACAAGAAGAUCUGGAGGGAGAUCACCAAGGGCCUGAACCUGCCCACCUCCAUCACCAGCGCGGCCUUCACCCUCCGCACACAGUACAUGAAGUACUUGUACCCGUACGAGUGCGAGAAGAAGGGUCUGAGCUCGCCCGGGGAGCUGCAGGCCGCCAUCGACAGCAACCGGCGGGAGGGCCGGCGCCCCAGCUACAGCACCAGCCUCUUCCGCUUCUCCCCCUCCCCCAGCACCGCGCCCCACAUCCUCACCCCUCCCAAGAUGCACCUGUCCUCGCUGGCGGGCGGCAUCUCCGCCCUUCACAACGGCCUGCAGGCUUCCCCCAGCCCCUCCCUCAAGAAGGCCGUCGAAGAGCUCUCCCCGGCGCUGAUCUCCAGCAGGUUGCCCAUGGCGAUGGCUCUGGGGCAGCAGCAGCAGCAGCUGGCGCGGGCGGCCACCCUGGAGCAGCUGCGGGAGAAGCUGGAGACGGGCGACGGGCCGGAGAGGAAGAUGGCGCGGUUGGCUGAGGAGCAGCAGAGGCUGAUGCAGCAGGCCUUCCAGCACAACCUGCUGGCCAUGGCCUCACAGGUCCCCCUGAACCUGCGCCUCAACAGCGCCCGUGAGGACAAGCAGGACCUGUCACUCAGCAUCUCCUCCAACGGAGCCACCAGCAUCAGCGUUUCUGUGGAGGUCAACGGCACACUUUACUCAGGGAUGUUGUUUGCCCAGAAGACUGCAGCUGCCGGUGCCGCUGCGUCUGCCACAGCGCCCUCUGCUGGCCCUAGUGGAGGCUUCGGGAUCCUGUCCUCCGCUCACAGCCCCAGCGUCUCCUCCUCCUCUUCAAAGGGCCCCAGCUCUGCUGAGCCCUCCACCAGCGGCUCACCCUAGCUGGGGCUCCCACCCACCCGCUCCCCAGGUCUCUCUACAAACACCUAGGCCCAGCAGGGAUUCCGUGAAUACAUGUAUAGAUCAAUUUUGACUGAUGGGGAAAAGAAAAAAGAAAAAACUGUUGCACAACAAAUACCUCGUCACUCCUGUCGACCUUGGCUGCUCAUACACGGUGUACACUCAGACAUGCAAACAUUCAUGCAAACACUUAUGCGUAUCGCAUAAAUAACAUUCAAAUUAUCGUGCAGUCAGCAGACACUCAAACACUAAACACACGCAUACGCACGCACGUACGCACACACAGACGUACACACACACAAAGCCAAAAACACCGACAGGUGCUCCCAAAUGAACUUGAAGAUUUUUCUUUUUAUUUGCCAUCGUUUGUCUUUGGAUUUUUCAAUUUUGGUAUAAUUUUAUUUUCUCUGUGUACGUGAUACUUACCUCACAUCAAGUAAUCUGCAGUGCUUUGGUAAAACGAGCAUCUAUACCUCAUGAGCUGUAGCAUACUUAAGUUGAAUUAACUGUUUUAUUUUUUAUCGUUAAAAUGUGUUCUUUGGUCACAGGACAGAUAGUCUUUUGGUCUCUAUGCAUUGAAAGCCCCAUCAGCUUACUCAAGGUGGUUCCCUAAAACCAUAACGGUGUACUGCUGACAAUACCGGUCAGUCCCACAACAUGCUCUGAGAGCUUUUUACUCACUUUCAGAGUUAAUAUCGUGUGUCACAGCACGCUGACCUUUUCUUCCAGGAACAGAUUUUUCCUUCUUUUUUUCUUUCUUUUUUUAGGUUCUGAUCAAUGUGUGUUCAUUAAUAUGAAUUUCUGAACGCAAAACAGAAAGUGAGGGGGCACUCGUUUUUAGCAGACGCCUAAUCUCUGGCCUUACUGCCGCUGGUCUGUCAGGGGUCGAACCCUCGGCCUGAUUGUGGCCUCCUACUGUGGCUGUAAAUCAAAAUCAGGAAGAAAGACGCCACGGGCUUCACUCACUCGCUCAAGCCCUCCGUGCAUUUAGCAUUGUGCUGUGUGUUUUGAGUUUUAUUUUUAUUUAAAUGCAAAACAAAACAAGUAAAAACGUACAAGAAUUAUUUUCUUUUUUUUUCUCUACAUCAACACCGGACGUCUUUUGUAAACUGCCAUUUCAAUUUCAGACCUCAUUUUCGCUUUCCAUAUUGGAAAAUUUCUCAGGAAGAACAGAGGUGUCUCCACAGGGCUCACUUCAUCACAAAAAAGCUUCAAACCAAAAAAACAAGGAAAGCAAAUCCGCGACCGUACGAGACUGUUUCAAAGAAAUACCUCAGAGACUCUAAACGGAGAACAACAACAUUACAUACCUCAUGCAAUCAAACUGGCGAGACUUGACUUCAUUUGAAACUCUGUCACCACCUACCGUCUGCACAGGAGUGCUGAAUCAGGACUCUGGGCCGCCGGCUGGAUUUGACUUUGACGACCUCACCGCUGGGUGUCCGAUGAACGCCAUGUUACCAUGGAGCCGGCGCUCCCCUUCCCAUCCUGCCUUUCAUAUCUCAAGAUAUUUUUUAAAAAGUUAAGUGACCUGCUUGGGUACAAUCAGGUGGCCAGUAUUUAACACCUUCGUUUUUCCAGUCGACCGCGUUUGCCUCACAGAUUUACCGCACAGCUGAAUGCCAAAGAUCAGCCCAGUCUGUCUGUCUCCCAGUCCUUAAGUCCACUUUAACCCUUGUGUGGGCACAGUGUGUAACUGUUCAGGUUGAGCUGGUGCUUUGUAAUUAAAGAAUGGUUUGAUGCAGAAGACGAGUCGAUUGCCCCCGCAUGUUGAUUCUUCCCCCCCCCCUCUUGUCUGAUGUCAGUGUGGCAAAGCGGAUAAGGCUGGUUUGUUAUGAGAGUUUUAACAAACAAUCUCUUGUUGAACUGCCAGAUCAUCAUAACUGUCGGUCCCCACAUGCUUAGGCCACCCACCC